AAUGGAAAUACAAAUUACCUGGUGAUGUUGGUAAAGAGUAUUGUGAAGAUAGUAAUUUAAGAAGUAAUGAAAAGCUUGAAUACUGUUCAGGUGAAACAGAAAAGGCAUAUGUUGUGUUUGUGUUAUGUAUAUUAAAAGGACACUUGGACCAUGAUAUAAGGUUCCUCAGAUUUGUAGAUAAGAAGAAUGGUGGCAAUUGUGUUAAAAAUGAAUUAAUGAAGAAUGGUGUUAGUAAUGUGAGGAAGAAGAAUAGAAUUGUUGGUGUAAUAAGUAAGAUGAACAUUGGUACAAAGGAAUCUGAAAGAGAAUAUACACCUGAUAUUCAAAUGAUAUGUGAUGAAGAUCUGAAAGGCCAAGGUUGUAAGUUCAAUAAUACUAAUGAAGCUGAUAAAAAUAGUGUUGUGAGUGAUAAAUAUAUGAAUAUUGAUGAAUAUAGUGCAUUCGAUUGUAAUCAAAGAGUUGAUGAAGAUAGAAUGGAUUGGUUGAUUUGA